UCGCCACACUUGCAUCUGCUCUGCGCUUUGUUGCAGGUUAAUCACGCCCUCCCCGCCGAGGACCCCAACCCGGCACCCGACCCCCAGGCACCCUCAGGGCGUCCGGAGCUACUGCUUCCUUGCAAAAUGCCCGCAUGUCAAAGUUCGUGCAUCCCGGUUGGACGCGCCCUCCCGGCCCUGUUGGCUGCUGGCUCUGCAGUUUUCCAAAUGCGGACGAUGCCGCGAGCCAAGAGAAAACUCCAAAGCACCCCCGGCUGGAGCCACGCGGCGCCAGCACGACAGCUCCCACCUCGCCGGCGGGCACACCCCCACCGCAGCAGCCGGCAAGUUUGCGGGGGCCGCCCAGGCGGGCUGAACGGGACUCACCGCGGAGCCCCUCCAGCCGGGCUGGCGACAGCGGCCGCGGGUGCAGGGUCGCGGCUCUUGGGUACGAUGCGCCCCGUGCGGCUCCCAGGGAGAUGCUGCAGCCGUGGCAGCACCAUCCACCUUCUCCCGGAGCCAAUCGUGAAUGCAGAGGGGCAGCGCAGCCCUCACAGACCCUGGUGGGGUACAGGGCCCUCUUCCCAGGAGAAGGGCUGGUGUGGGUGGCUGGUCCCAGCGGUCCCCGAGAUCCCCAGGACAAAGCCAGAUGACAGGACGUGCGUUCAUUCACCCACACCACCGGCAUCGAGGGGACUCCAGGAGCUUUUCUGUGGAUUAUCUCUUGAUCUUCAAAGCACCCCUGAGAGUUUCAGACAACAGGUGACACCCUCCCGGCAGCGGCCUCUCUGUUCCGAUGCGCCCAGGCUACCCUACGGAGCAGGUGCGGAGCACCUGGGGGCAUCUCUCCGGGGGCCACGGAAGACGCUCACCGCCACCCGUCACCAGGGAAAUGGCCGCGGGGGCACCGCCCCGACACCCCGGGACGGCUGUAAGACACAAAAGCCCCAAACUGGAAAAUGACAAGUGUUGGCGAGGAUGUGGCGAAAUCUGAACCUCACAAGUUGCUGCUGAGAACGGGAAAUUGUGCAGCCGCUGUGGAGAACGGCCGGCAGCUCCUCAGAAGGGGAAACGGCGCACGCAGCAAUUCCACCCCGCACUCCGUGCCCCAGAGUGAGACAAGGACCCAAACAGAGACCCCGUGCGCGCUCACAGCAGCCCGCGGGGCCCAGGCCGGCGCCUCGCCGGCUGUGGUGCGGGCGGACCUGGAAGGCCCAGUGCGGAGUGCGGGGUCAGGCCUGGAGUCCACAGACACAGAGCAGACGGGGUUUGUCGGGGCCUGGGGGAGGGGGAGGCAGGCCACUUGGUGGAAAGCAGGCCUCCUCCGGGGGAGGAACGCUCUGGAACCAGAGGGAGGUGGUGCUUGCUCAACACUGUGACUGUGCUAAAUGCAGCUGAACUGUUCACUUUAAAACAAUGAAUUUUAUGUUAUGAGAAUUUCACCUCAAUUAAAAAACAACAAGAAAACAGAAGUGGAGCUCAGGGUCCAGCCCCACGCCCUCUCCCCAUUGACCCUUGUGGCCUGGACACAGGGCCACCUGGACUGCAGCACAGGCACCUGACUGUGAAGGCCAGGCUCCUGCUCUCCUGGGACCUGAAUGGGGGGGACCCCAGCUU